AGUGGAAUUGAGACCAGCUCAAAAGAAACGGCGUUGCGUGACACUAUUAUUCUCCUCCCUCCCUUUUUGUCUCUUCAAUUAUUCUUCUCUGAGCUGUAAAAAAAAAAAGAUUCUCUCCAACUCUCUCUCGCCGGCUCUUCAAUGGAAGACUACAACCGUCAAAGAGCCUACGGAGACGGAGGGAUGCAGAUCCAGCCUUACCACGGCGGCGGUCCGGGAACCGGCGACUUCAGGAGCUACAGCGCCUCGUACGCGACGGAGACCAACAUCUACAAUAUCAAGAAGGAGAAAUCGAUAGCGAGGUCGAAGUCUUGGGGUAUAACGGACCCGGAGCUCCAGAGGAAGAAAAGGGUCGCGAGCUACAAGAUGUAUAGUGUUGAAGGCAAAGUCAAAGGCUCUUUUAGAAAAAGUUUCAGAUGGCUUAAGCAGAGGUACACACAGGUCGUUUAUGGCUGGUGGUGAAAAAAAAAAAUUCACCUUUUUAUCUCUUACUUGAGCUUUGAGUGUUGUUUCUAUCUUGUUUUUUAAUUUUUAAUUUUUAAUUUCCUCAAGUAAUUAUAAUUGUGUUCUCUAUCUUAUAUAUCUAUUUGUGUUGUAUUCUUCUAUGUAAUUGUGAUGGCCGUAAAUUAUAAGUUUACAUAUUUUCCUGA